UGUGAUAAGUGGCUACUAUCAAUUAUUGCGGACGAUAAUUAUACAUUGAUUACCUAUAUAAGAGGAAAACUUAUCAUUUGUGAUUUGUUGUACAAUAAAACUCUCAGUUACAAUGCGAGUAAUCAUUGCGAUUGCGCUAUUGUCAGUGGCAUAUGCCCUGCCGGCCCCGGACGCACCCACCUUCGACUUCAGGAGUCUGUUCGCGCCACAGGAUGCCGACCUGAGCCAAGACUCCGCCACCGCCGUACACUUUGUCGAUUCCCCAUUGAACGAGGAUGAUGGUAGCGCUGUUCACUUCGUUGAUUCACCACAAGAAGACAUAGAUAAUGGCCAUGUCAUUCGCUCAGCUGGCAACUUUGAAGAAAUCGGUGAAGAUGACAACAUUGUUCGAUUUGUUGACGCACCGACCAACGAAGACGCCAACGAUGGCGUAGCUAUCGAUUUCGUCGACUCGCCAGUGGAAUCAAACAUUGACGAUUCAAAUAUGGCUCGGUUCGCAGACAAUGGUAUUGCCGUUAACUUCGUCGACUCUCCUAUUGAACAGGCUGAUGAUGGAAGCGCAGUUCAUUUCGUCGACAACGUAGAGACAGCCGCCGAGGACGGCACGAUAUCCGCGUUUGCUGGUAUGCCUCUAAACGAGGAAGCACAUGACGAUGGUACCUCAAUUAACUUCGUUAAUUCCCCAAUGAAUGAAAUCUUAGAAGCCGGCGCAGCUGAUAUUAUUUUAAUCGGACACGUUUUUGAACCCAUCGCAGCUCCAGAAUUGGAGACCAUCAAUGUCGAUGUCCCCGAAGAUUUUUACAACGUACACUACCCCGGCAAGAUUUACGACAACCCUAUGCUUCGCUAAUUCCGCAAUGUUUAGCAAAAUAACAUCUUGUGACACUAUCAUUUGAUGAUAGCUAUGAAAUUAAAUUAUGAUUUUGUAAUUUUUUA